AUGCGCACACUGUUCUCCACUGAUUGUGUGAUCACCGACCGGGCAGGCGUGGUCGAAAACCGUCACGGUGUCCACGCCGCCAUCGUCGACGCAAGCGGUCGCCUUUUAUACGCCGUUGGCGAUCCGUCAAGGAUUACCCUUGCCCGAUCCGCAGCCAAGCCCGCUCAAGCAUUGGCUAUUGUUGAAACUGGGGCCCUGCAGAAAUUCAACCUCGACGAUGCCGAUUUGGCCCUGAUGUGCGCAUCGCACAGUAGCGAAGACCGCCACGUUACUCGGGCCCGGAGUAUCCUGUCGAAGAUACAAUGCAGCGAGGAGCUCCUGCAAUGUGGUGGUCAUCCUGCGGUUUCGGUUGCUGUCAACCGCUCGUGGAUCAAGGCGGAUUUUACCCCGACUGCGGUCUACAGUAAUUGUUCUGGAAAACAUGCUGGGAUGCUGGCUGGGACGAAGGCUCUCGGUGCUGAUGUGGGAACCUACCAUCUGCCGACCAACCCCAUGCAAGUACGAGUCAGAGAGGCUGUGGAUGAAAUCUGUCAUCUCGAAGCGAAUGGGUCAUUAUGGGGCGUUGACGGCUGCAAUCUCCCAGCGCCUGCUUUUCCCUUGAAUUGCUUGGCUCGCAUGUUUGCUGUCUUUGCCGAUGGAGCCAGCCAAGUGGAUUCUAACGCGGCUAAAACAACCGCAAGGACACGGGCACUGAGCCAGGUAUUCCACGCCAUGUCUACCUAUCCCGAGCUUGUCGCCGGUGAUGACCGUUUCUGUACGGAGCUCAUGACAGCCUUCCAAGGCCUGGUGAUUGGCAAGCUUGGGGCGGCCGGUUGUUACGGAAUCGGCGUCAAGCAGACCGAGCGGACCAUGGAGCUCGGAGCUGAAGGUGCACUUGGAAUAGCUGUGAAGAUCGAGGAUGGCAACAUCCCAAUUCUGUACUCUGCGGUUGCAGAGAUUCUGGAACAGCUUCAGAUCGGCGAGCCGGAGAUGCGGCUGGCACUUUCCCGGUUCCAUUGUCCCAAUAUUGAGAAUACUGUGGGAGUUGUGACAGGAAAGACGUCUCAUGCAUUUAAAGUACGUGCUGUGGAUGACAGCGAGGUGGUGUAA